UUAAGCGCUGAAAAAUGAAAGGAAAUGAAACAUUCUCUGUUCCCAUCUAUCUGUCACUCACAUUUUUGCUUUCUUCCUUUUUUCUAUCCAUUUCUUUAGAAUCCCUUUUUCUCUGUUUUUCUUUUCCUCUUUCUUCUCAAUCCAAAGCUUCUCCAACAUCUCUUCUCUUUUGGGUUCUUCUCAUUUCCCCCCCUUUUUUUUUCUGUUCUCAUUCUUGGGUUUUUGCUCAAUCUUUAAAUUUUCUUCUGUUUCUUCUCUUUUGGGUACUUUGAAAUCAAAUAUUAACUUCAUAACAUCACUUAAUUUCCCUCUUGUCCUCUCUGUAAUCUGUACCAAACCACUGAACUGGAGUUAUUGCUUCUUCUUCUUCUUCUUUCACUCUCUUCCAUAGAACCCAAGUCUUCAACUUGUUUGGGUUUUCUUUUUGGCUCUCAUUUUUUUUGUUUCUGGGUUUGUUUCAUUCAUGCUCUUUUGAAUGUGAACUGUCACUGAAACUUGGUUUUCUUGUGGGAACUGAGAGAAGAAGAUGGAAUCUUUUACUUCUCUUGUGGUGUUACUCUGUUUAAUUUUGGGGGUUCUUUUUGAGGCUUGUGAUUCUAUUUCUUCCAAUGAAGUCAUGGCUCUUGGGGCCUUCAGGUCAGAAGUAUUUGAAGAUCCAUAUCAAGUCUUCUCCAACUGGAACAGCCUUCAACCAGAUCCUUGCUUAUGGUCUGGCAUUUCAUGUUCUCCAACUAGAGACCAUGUUAUCAAGAUUAACAUUUCAUAUUCUGCAAUAAAAGGGUUUCUUUCCGGAGAUUUGGGUCAACUCAGCUUCUUGGAAGAAUUAAUUUUGCAUGGGAAUAAGCUGCAUGGUCCAGUUCCCAAGGAGUUAGGCUACUUAAAAAACCUCAGAAUCUUGGACUUAGGGAUGAAUCAAUUCACAGGUCCAAUUCCUUCAGAAUUUGGGAAUUUAACCAAACUUGUGAAAAUAAACCUACAGUCUAAUGAGUUCACUGGUAAGCUGCCUCCUGAGUUGGGAAGUUUGAGAUACCUUGAGGAACUAAGGCUGGAUAGAAAUAAGCUUGGAGGAACUGUUGGCCAUUCAGAUCAUACAGGACUGUAUGCGACAAAAACGAACUUGACUGGGUUCUGUGGCUCAUCUCAGCUAAGAGUUGCUGACUUUUCGUAUAACUUCUUUGUUGGGAGCAUACCGAAGUGUUUGGAGCAUCUUCCAGGGUCAAGUUUCCAAGGGAAUUGCCUCCAUAAAAUUAAGUCCAAACAACGUCCUUCAGCACAAUGUGUACCUGCUGUGACUAAGAGCCAUCCGGGAAGCAAUGGGCAGAACCAUCAUCAAACAACGUCAAAACCUAUCUGGCUUUUGGCCCUUGAGAUAGUAACAGGAACUCUGGUGGGUUCUCUCUUCCUUGUUGCUGUUCUCACUGCAGUCCAGAAGUUCAAUCGAAAAUCCUCCAUGAUAUUGCCAUGGAAGAAAGCUGGAAGUAGGAAGUACUACUCUCCAGUAUAUGUAGAUCCUGAGAUUUUAAAGGAUGUAACGAGAUUUAGCCGACAAGAACUUGAAUUAGCUUGUGAAGACUUCAGCAACAUAAUUGGCUCCUCUCGAGACAGUUUGGUAUACAAGGGCACCUUGAAAACUGGACCUGAGAUCGCGGUUAUCUCAAUGAGCAUGAAAGAAGAGCAAUGGACAGGAUAUCUUGAACUCUAUUUUCAGACAGAGGUGGCAGAUUUGUCACGAAUCAACCAUGAGAAUACAGGGAAAUUACUGGGUUAUUGCAGAGAGAGUACUCCAUUUACAAGGAUGCUAGUUUUUGAGUAUGCAUCAAAUGGCACAUUAUAUGAGCAUCUACAUUAUGGAGAAGCAUGUCAGUUAUCUUGGACGAGACGCAUGAAGAUUAUUUUAGGCAUCGCGCGGGGACUUAAGUAUCUUCACACAGAACUCCAACCUCCGUUCACCAUAUCUGAGCUGAAUUCCAAUGCUGUAUAUCUCACAGAUGAUUUUUUUCCGAAGUUAAUAGAUUUUGAAAGUUGGAAGACCAUUCUUUCACGAUCGGAAAAGAACUCGGGAUCUAUAGCCAGCCAAGGUGCAAUAUGUGUUCUUCCAAACUCUCUAGAAGCACGACAUCUCGACGUGCAAGGUAACAUCUACGCGUUUGGUGUCCUUCUACUCGAAAUAAUCAGUGGGAGGCCUCUGUACUGCAAAGACAAAGGAAACUUAGUAGAUUGGGCCAAGGACUAUAUCGAAAUGCCAGAAGUGAUGUCGUACAUAGUUGAUCCCGAACUGAAGCAUUUUAGAUAUGAAGACCUUGAGGUAAUAUGCGAGGUGGCAAACCUUUGCAUCCGUCAGCAGCCAACAAAACCGGUAUCAAUGAAGGAGCUCUGUACCAUGUUGGAAACUAGAAUUGAUACCUCUGUUGCCAUUGAGUUUAAGGCUUCUUCUUUGGCAUGGGCAGAGCUUGCACUCUCAUAGAAGUGAAGGUAUACAUACAAUUUGACAUAUAGAAAAGUUGUAGAACUCUCAUUUUCCUUUUUUUUUCUUUAACCCUUUUCUUGAUUUUUUUUUCUCCUUUAAGUUUCUAAAUUCCUUGUACAUGUUCAAUCCUAGAGCCAGCGUGUAUAACUCCUAGCAUCAAAAGUAUCCAAUAUGAUAGUGAAGCUUUAAUCGGAGUGUCUUUGAAUCACUAAUCAACAAUGAAAUUUGAACAAAUUUGUAUUC